UCCAUCACUAGGCUGACUUUUAUGCAAGGUCCGCAGGUGUUUUUGACCGACCAGAAUCAAGAAACGAAUUCACAUGAACAUUCGGAUUUUUGGAGAAACAUUUACCAACGUCGAGCCUAAUGAACCGUCCGCACCUGCUGAAAGCGUUUUGUUCUGGAUCGUAUUGGUUCUACUACUGUAUGAGCGAGGCCUGAAGAAGCGGUAGGAUGUCAAGUGCUACAGAUGAUGUCAACUCGUAUCCACACGUACGUGUUUGGGCAGCGGGAGUUUCUUUGAUCAUUUUGGCUUUUUUCAACUUGAUCAUCAACUGGACCAUAGUGCGCGAGGAGCGCCUGCGGAGCCACGCGCGCUUCGUCCUCGUGUUCCAUUUAUUGUUCUCCGCGCUGGUUUACUUCGCAGUAUGCUUUAGCUUCUACUUACAAAACUACCUGAAAGCAGCGACCACGGCAACCAUUUGCAUGGUGCUAAUCAGAAGUCUGAUGACAAGCGGUUCCAACAUCAUCCUCACCAUCACGGCGAUGGCACUGGACCGUUAUUUUGCCAUAUGUUACCCGCUCCACUAUAGCAAAGUUUGUUUCAAACCCUGGCCAUGGCUCAUCGGGGUCCUAACAUGGGGACUCGCGUCGAUUAUUCCUCUUACCCUAUCGCCCAAAAUAGAAAAUGGCACUGUGCCCUGUGGAAGGAAAUCUUUGCAAGGCGGAGAAAUGCACAAAAUCGUUUUAAUAUCAAUUUGUACUGUUCUUAUCGUGUACAGCUAUGUACGGAUCUUAUAUGAGGGGCGUCGUCUGGGUGUGUUGAACCGGCGCAACCGAGCUGCGUGUAGGACUAUCGCUCUCCACGGCACGCAGUUGGCCGUCUUCAUCCUCCCCAAUUUCAUACUGUUUUUGCUGCAUAUCCUUAAAAGCAAAAAGUCACUCAAGAGUUCCACAAAAGAGCUUUUUGCUGUCAUAAGUUUUGCCUUCUUCAGCCUGGCGCAGUGCAUCGCGCCGAUAGUAUACGGACUGCGUAAAGAGGAACUACUGGAACAUCUUAAUCACCGGUUCCCGUGUUUAUCCGGCCAGUUGAAGCGCAUUUUGGAGUGGACUGUCAACAUCACACAUCCCAAUCGGCGUCGCCAGCAAAGGGAGCGGAGAAUGACUUCAGAGACUUUAUUAUCAAGAGAGAUCUCACAGACGACUGUGUGACAUCUUUGGAUUAAGAGAAAGACCUGAUGUUGAUUUCUUCAAAAGGAAUAUUUGCUUACCGAGACUGAGAUUUUUUUACUGAGAAAACAAACUUGUGACUUUCAGAAAACUGAGAGAUUUUUUAUUCUUCAAGCCAUCAAUUCAUUAAGUCUGAGUAAAAUACAACAGCUACACAGUGUUCAGGAAUUACUUUUGCCAAAUGGAGAGCUGAAGAAAUAGUCAACUGUGAUUUCUAAAUUAAC